AUGCUCGCCAACUCCCUCCCCCUCCUCACCGCCCUUCUUCCCCUCGUCGCACUCGUCGACGCCGGCUCUGCCCAGCCCCCUCAUUUGAGGCAUCGCCGCAUGGCAAACUCUCUUCGCACCGUCGAGCACCCUGGUGCCCGUGCUGUCGCUCCCGAGGGUAGGGACACUGCCCACGCCAACGCAAAGAGGGCUAUCAAGAAGAACAUGAAAAAGAGGGGCAACACCUGCCGACCCAGGGACUCUGCCUCUGCUUCUGCCUCUAGCACCGAAGCGGCUCAGGUCGCUGCUGCCAAUACCGACUCUACUGACAGCUGGUCGUCGUCUGCUUCCCAGACCGAGAGCGCUGCUGCCGAGCCCACUUGGUCUGCGCCUGCCACCCUCAACAACAACGAAGCUUUGGCCCCCCAGGCUGAAUCUUCCUCCUCCUCCGCCUCCUGGUCCUCGUCUUCCUCUGACGCUUGGUCUUCCAGCGCUGCCAGCACUUCUUCCUCCUCUGCUGCCCCCAGCUCUUCUAGCUCCAGCUCUUCUAUUGUCGCCGGUCUCUCGGGCCUCCUCCAGAUCACUGAUUCCACGUGUGGCUACAGCAACGCCGACUCUGACUCGCCCAACGGUUCCGAGGAUUGGCUCAACUGUGGUCUGACUGGCGCCGGUUGGACCCCUCCCAUGGUCACCGUCGACGACCUUAUCGCUGUCGAGCUUUCCGCCGAUGGAACCUUCUCUGCCUGUGCCGAUUACAUUGACAAGUUCAACACCUACGGUGCCCAGUACAAUGUCAAGCCUGUCAUGUUGGCUUCUUUCGCCAUGCAAGAGUCUACCUGUAACCCCUCGAUCACUGGUGGCAAUGGCGAAGCUGGUCUCAUGCAGUUGACCGCCGCAAACUGUGAGGGCGCUCCCGACGGAAACUGUUACGAUGUCGACUUCAACAUCCAGCGUGCUACCAAGCUCUUUGCCGACCUCAUCAGCUCUAACGGCGGCAACGUCCUUUUGGCUAUCGGUUCUUACAACGGCUGGUACAGCGGUCUUACCCAGGCCGCCGGUACUGCGGCUGCCUCCACUGGCCAGUGCUCGGCUCAGAACAACCUCGACUACUUGCACCAAUUUUGCAACGGCUGGAUGCAGGGCAAGAGCGGUUACAACUUGGGUACCUAUCUCAACCUUGCCAGCUGCUAA